AAAGAAUGGAAGGAGUAUAAGACUUAAUUUAUUACGUAUCGGAUCACAACAAACAUGCACUUGAAUCACAUCCACCUAACUUCCAUCUAGGUGUUUGUUUUUGCAAUUAUUCAUAUAGAAUUGAUUUGGUGAUAUAAGUUUACGAGUUAUUAAAGGAAAAAAAACAACAACAAAAAAAAACAAAUUCCCAACAUUAGUUAUCCAAGAGUAUUUUUUUUUUUUUUAGUUAUCCAAGAGUUAACAAUACCUUCUAAUACUGUUCUCUACAAGUCUACUAUACCUACGUUGCAAUGAUAAUUUCCUGCGUGUUUUUUUUUUCCUUUUAAACGUCACAUGUUUAAACAAUUUUCACUAACCCGUUAUUUACACAUGUAAGAGAAAAAAAGAUAGCCAAAAGGACUUAUAGUGUUAUCUAUUUAAAAACUAAACUUGUGGUGUCUACCUAAUUAACCCAUCUUUGUACGUACCAAUAUCGCUUUCUUCAAUUAUUAGUAAUAUAUAAAUAUAAAUGUUUGUAGUAGCUGCCGGUCAUUUUUUCUUUCUCUCUCUCCUCCCUAAGCAAAACUAAAACAAGCUAUGGCUGGUAUGCUUCCCGGAGUUGAGUGUGCAAGGAGGCGGCGCUUCCACGGUGGUGCUCCUCCGAUUGAAUCCUCGAACACAGCUUCUGUGGCGGCUGCGGCGGGACACGUCUGGACACGGCGACCAUCGUUCUCUCUUUACACUACCAAUCAUGAGAGCCACCAGGCCCAUGUCUCCUUCUCGGAGAGAAGUGUUAGGAAUAAAUCUUAUGGAGAAGACAACGAUGAGAAACUUGACGGAGCAGCCAAAGAGGCAAAGCAGAGGCUUAACAAGCGGCUGAGAAUCCCACCACGUACAAGGUUCGAUUUAGUAAAAAACGGCGUGUGAUAGUAAAACCAACUCGUAAAUUUACCUUAAAAUGCACCGAAGAAGCUUCAAGCCUUUAGCUUUAUUUGUCAUGAUAAUGACGCAUGAUGAUGUAUUCUAAUUCAUAACAUGUGGUAUCACAUGAGCAAUACUAUUGUGAGAUUGUCUUUUGUCGGACAAUUAUUUCAUUAUCUCUUUAGUGUUAACCCCACUUUGUGUCUUGUGAGCGCAUUUUAGCAAGUUCUCGCUAUUUAUUGUUAAGUUGCGUCUUUUUGUUUUGAUAGUGCGAAACUUCCCGGAAACUACUAGGCAGCUUCCAAGAAAGCCAAAUUUUUGACAUUACUCUCUUUUGAAUUUGCAUUCAAUUUUUAAGUUCAGGCAAAAUGGUAAAGACAAAGGGAAUAAAUUGGAGCAAGGAAAGGGUAAACCUCUCGGGGACUUACCGACCGAGGUGGUCGGGUUAAAGAAGAGCCGAGGAAGGUUGAUGGAAUGGUUCAAGCGGCGAGUUAGGGAACAACAAGAUUGUGCUAUAUGUCUAGACCGGUUCAAGAAGGGUGAGACCUUGGUACACCUACCAUGUGCCCAUAAGUUUCACUCCAUAUGCUUAUUGCCUUGGCUAGACACCAAUGUUUAUUGCCCAUAUUGUAGAACUGAUAUUUGGAAUUAAAUGUUAUAUUUUUGAUGUCAUAUUUCGAGAUGUUUUUUUAUGGCUUAUCUUAGGUUUUAGGAAUUUAAACAUAAAAUGACUAGCGCAAUCAAUAAAAUUUUAACUAAAUU